AUGGACAAGCAACCAACAAGGGUCGUGUUUGCACGUCAGCCAGCUCGUAUCUUACUAGUUGACUUCUCCCCGCCCCUCACAGCGGGUAUGUGUAACAAUAUCCACAAAUCUUUGGAGGAAUUGUUUGCUGUAGUCUGCAGCAUGGCUGGCCCGUCGCGCAUCCCCUACUUUGGUCUUUAUGCCCUGGGCACACACGCAGAGAAUCUUCUCCCACUGCAACACGUCAAAGGCAACUUUCAGAGGCUGUACAACGCCCUGCAGGAGCUGAAGUCAUUCCCCAUAGAUGGGUUUAUGAUGAGAGAGCCAGGAGAUAAUCUAGGGCAGGCACUACGAGAGGCGACCCUGCAGUUCCGACGGCAGGCUCAGACACUUCGACAGAUGACCGGAUUUAGUGCCCAGCUAGAAGUCACCAUCCUGACAUGCCGUCAAGGGACAUCAGUAACCAAACAGAUCAGCGAGAUUCUACCCGAGAUGGAUCUAACAUCACUACGACGGAUCCAAGUUGUUACAAUACAGAGCAGACCCAGCGGUCUCAUGUUCCUUGAUCCCUCGAUCAUGUUAGACGACAGUGACAGUUCACCAUCCAUCAAAUCGGAAGUUAGGUCGCCUGUAACUCACUCACCGGGGAGUGACCCGCUAGCACUAGGUGCUGUGGAGGUUACUUCAGUAGAACAAGAUGAGAUCAGCCUUCAAGACUUUUUCCGUGGCUGGCUUCAUGACUCUGGGACGGAUCGAGAACAUCUUCACCUCCGACUUCCUCCAACAACUAUUGGAGACGAUUGGUUGACGCUGAAAUGUGACCUCCAAGAACGCUUCCUCAACCCGUCCCUGUUUCCUUUCCAAACACAAUUUGAUAUCCAUGGGAGUGUUGUUCCGGGCAAACCAGUCACCAAUCCGGUACCCUCCAGCAAAGCCACCUCCAGCACAGCACCAAUCAUCACGCUCCGUACAAUCCAAAUGGCACAAGUGGCGGGGAUAUGUGAUUCAAUUGUUUUUGGGAUGCCGCUGCUUGUCAGACCGACCUCCUGUUGGAAGCUGGAUUGGGACGAGUUGGAAUCCAACCAGCAGCACUUCCACGCACUGUGCCACUUGCUGCACGAAAAGAAUUUGGCCUUGGUAGCCAGACUAGACGAUGAUGUUACUCCUUCCGGGUUCAUGGCCCCAAGACCCUACGGCCACUUUGUCCUCCUCCCAUCCCCAACCCUGUCCCUCCUCCUCAAGCCCAUCGCGGUCAAGGAGCUCAUGUUGCCCGCAGACUGCUCACGGCGCGAGGACCUACCAGUCUCCGAUUACGUGGAGAAGAUUGGAGCUCAUUUAGAAAGGCUGGAGGUCAGUGACCUUUACAACCCACUGAUGAACAAAUCGCAGCUACACAAGAGCCUGAUGGGAACGCUGGUCCGCAACACGGGCACCAGGCAAGUGCCGAGUACCGGCAGGCAACUCAAACGCAAGAUCCCCGACACAAAUGCGCCAACAAGAGUGUACCAAGCAAGAGGGCGAUCAUCCAGCCUACAUGUAUACCCCAGCACCCGUGGCACCCCUCAUGGGGGUACCAGGGGUAACCCCAGGGGUACAUCAAGGGGUGCAAAGCCCCCUAGCACCCAGAGAUAUCACCAACCGCUUGCUAUGGAAAGUACUACCUACUACCACCAUGCUGAGUAAAUUAGUGAAUUUCUGUCAGCUAGGUUGUCUUUCUGGAUAUGGCCGGGUUGUUAGACUUAUUAAAGAAAAUUAUAAAUAAACGUGGACCAGAGAGUUCUUUAAACAUUUUCAUUAUUUAUUUUUCUUACACUUGAAACCUAACAAACUAAACUUUUAGAACAAAACAAUCACUUUAAUUAUAUAAAAACAGACAAAUGGUGGUAUUUACAAACGAUCUUCAUGGAACUCGAAACUGGCCUCUGCGUACACAUUUAUUAAUUUUUUUUAUUUUUACAAGCAGGCAUGUUUCCAAAAUACAGGUCCAAUUUGGUUUAGUUAUUUCAUAGUUGUGACUGCGGAUUAUCAAACAAGGAAAAGUGAAACAGAUUUUUUUUAAACAGUUUUAUCUGAACAUUGAUGUCUAACCAUGAUUAACUGAGAAGUUUAACUAAUCUCUGGUUAACUAACAAAAGUUAGAUCUAAAUUACCAGGGUAAAAACCAAGCUUAACCUACCAUGGCUACCUAAGUAGGAUUAGCUUUCCACAUGUAUAUGAAACUGGUUGGUUAACCAAAACUGUUGAACUGAACUUUUGUUACCAGGAUUUCCCACCUGCAGAGUAUUUCACUUGAGUUAUCAACUUA